AUGACAAAGGGGGUUGUUGCAUAUAAGAAACGAUGGUAUAAGAUCAACAAGGCUGUUACAAAAUUUGCUGGUUGCUACGAUCAAGCUAGUCGAAACAUAAGGAGUGGUUCAAAUGCUGAUGAUAUAAAGGAGUUAGCCUAUAAACUUUAUUCUACAAAUUAUGAAACAACGUUGGCUGACAAACCCGGUGUGGACUCUCCCGUUCGCCCACAAGGAUCAAAGAAGAGCAAGCGAAAAGGUAAAGAAAAAACACAAAUGUCUGAAAAUUUUAGUGAAAAGAAAUCAUCAGUUGUUAAAAAAUUAUCUCUCAUGGAAGAUAUUAAGAAUGUUAGAGAAAAGGAACUAAUGGAUAGGGAAAAAGAAAGAGAAGAGGAGAGAAAACGUAGAGCAAAGAUUAUGGCAAUCAAAGAGAAGAAGUUACAAAUUCAAGCGAGGGUUGAUGCAACCGAAAGAAGAGGCUUGUCACCACUCCAAAAAUGUACCGCUGCGAUACGGAUGUUAGCAUAUGGCGUAGCAGCUGAUGCUGUUGAUGAUUGUGUGCGCAUAGGCAAGAGCACUACAAUUGAAUGCUUGGAAAAAUUUGUUAAAGGCGUCAUUUUGGUGUUCGAGGAUGAAUACUUGCGAAAACCAAAUCCAAAUGAAGUUUGA